AUGAAUAGCGUCAGAUGGGGAGAUGCCAAUUCGGACCCGUAUAAGUUGCAAUGUGGAGUUAGACAGGGUGGACUGACAUCGCCAUUGCUGUUUAACCUUUACAUGAACGACCUGAUGGAGGAGCUCAGCAGCGCCGCCGUCGGGUGUCAUGUCGCGGGCGUAUGUGCCAACAACUUUAGCUAUGCGGACGAUAUGGUGCUGUUGAGCCCCUCUAUCACGGGUCUGAGGAUAUUAGUGUCGAUAUGUGAGCGUUAUGCUGCAAAUCAUGGACUAAAAUACAAUGUUACAAAAUCAGAAUUGAUUGUUUUUAAAUAUGAUAAGGGCCCAGAUAACGUACCACCCGUUAGGCUAAACGGGACAGAAUUAAAGUUUGUUAAUAAUUUUAAGUAUCUAGGGCACUUUUUGACAGACAGACUAAAAGACGAUGACGAUCUCGAAAGACAGCGGCGGUCUAUAGCGAUGAGAAGCAACAUGCUGGCGCGUCGGUUUGCUCACUGUUCUGACCAAGCCAAAAUAACUCUGUUCAAGGCAUACUGUCAGGCGUUCUACACUAGUCAGCUGUGGUACCAUUUCACGAAACGAUCGUUCAACAGACUCCGAGUACAGUACAACAACGCGUUUCGUGCAAUGUUACGGCUACCGUGGCGGUGUAGUGCGUCUGGUAUGUUCGCCGAGAACAGAGUAGAUGACUUUUAUGCUAUAAUGCGUAAAAGGCACUGGUCGUUUGUCGGGAGAGUGAGUGAAUCGACGAACAGUAUUGUUAAUGUGGUGUACACAACCUGCUACUGUCUACUCAUACAGUAG